CCUGUUCUCCAUGUAUGUUUGCAGGUGGGCCGCGUGGACAAGAACGUUCCCCUGGUGACUGGACACACGGCCCCCGUGCUGGACAUCGACUGGUGUCCCCACAACGACAACGUCAUUGCCAGCGCAUCCGAAGACACAACCAUCAUGGUCUGGCAGAUUCCGGAUUUCCUGCCCAUGCGUAACCUGACGGAGCCGGUGGUGACCCUGGAAGGGCAUUCCAAGCGGGUGGGCAUCCUAACCUGGCACCCCACGGCCCGCAAUGUCUUACUCAGCGCAGGAGGGGACAACGUGAUUAUUCUCUGGAACGUGGGCACCGGUGAAGCGCUGCUCACGCUGGACGACCUGCACACGGACGUCAUUUACAAUGUGUGCUGGAAUCGCAACGGGAGCCAGAUUGUCACCACUUGCAAGGACAAGCACCUGCGCAUCAUCGACCCCCGGCAGCACCUGGUUGUAGCUGAAACCCUCAAGCCCCAUGAGGGGGCCCGCCCCGUCCGGGCCAUCUUUCUGGCCGAUGGCCGCGUCUUCACCACCGGCUUCAGCAAGAUGAGCGAGCGUCAGCUGGCCCUCUGGGACUUGAAGAACUUUGAAGAGCCCAUUGCCCUGCAGGAGAUGGAUACCAGCAACGGCGUUCUCCUGCCCUUUUACGACCCCGAUUCCAGCAUAGUCUACCUGUGUGGAAAGGGGGACAGCAGCAUCCGCUACUUCGAGAUCACGGACGAGGCGCCUUACGUCCACUACCUGAGCACCUACAGCAGCAAGGAGCCCCAGCGGGGGAUGGGCUUCAUGCCCAAACGGGGGCUGGACGUCAGCAAGUGCGAAAUCGCCAGGUUUUACAAGUUGCACGAACGGAAAUGUGAGCCCAUUGUUAUGACUGUACCACGAAAGUCGGACCUCUUCCAGGAUGACUUGUACCCGGACACCCCUGGCCCCGAGCCGGCCCUGGAGGCGGAGGAAUGGCUGGCCGGGAAAGACGCGGAGCCCCUCCUGGUCUCCCUCCGUGACGGCUACGUCCCCCUCAAGAACCGCGAGCUCAAAGUCAGUAAGAAGAACAUCCUGGACAGCAAGCCCCCGCCCGGCUCCCGCAGGGGUCUCUCCGCCUGCGACGCCAAUUUUUCUACCUCCACCCUCGAGGACCUCUUGCAAGAAACCCGCACUCUGCGCCAGACCAUCCAAGAUCACGAGAAGCGCAUCACUGACCUGGAAAACACUCUCUGCGAACUCGCAGACGUGACGGACUAGCCCACUUCCGCCCCCAGAACUUUGCCAUCCCGGAGACAGACCUAGCAUCUCCCCCGUCCAUCCGCUUCUUCUCAGCUCAGUGGGCAUUUCGCAGGGGCAGCUGCUCCCCGCCGCGGGAAAUGGCCCUGCUCUCCUCUCAUCCCUUUCUCUCCAACCUGACUCCGGGCUACCUUGAUUUUGGGGUGGAAGCAGGGUUCAGAGAAAAGGUCUUCCGUGGACUGCUGGACGCUCGGGGUGGGCGGGGGUUGCGGGGUAGGGUGGCUGUGAUGCCAACUCACCCUUCAGCCCCCCUCCCCCAGGAAUGGGGCGAAGGGGGUGGGGUUGUGGUGAGCCACAGGUUUGUUGUUGUUGAGUUUUGCCGUGCGACAGAGGAAACGUUGGACCCUUAGAUUUGCAGGAUUAGAAAGGGGUCUGGGUCUGGGUCUGUGGAGAGGGAGGGAGGGAGAGAGAAGUGGGCUGCCAGACCCUGCUGGCGGGGGAUUGGUUUUACUGGGGGAUGGGGGGCCAAGAGGAGUCUCCAGCCUCUGCUGGAAGUGGGGGGAGGGGGACCCUGUGGCCCAGCAACACUGGUCGGGGGGGGGCGUCUGCAGGUAUUGAGGAGGGGGGUUUCCUGCUUGUUUCCAUCUCAAUUGCUGAACAUUGUACAGAUGUUUUGCAGCUGGGCCAGGCGCAGAUGUGCAGCUAGAGGUGGAGGAACAAGCAUGGUGGGUUACAGCAAUGCCUCCCCCCCCUCCACCCCCCCUGGCUUGUAGUGCAAAGUGACCGCCUCCCUGGUGGGGUGGGGGGAGAGAAAAUAGGGCCAUUGCUCAUUUGCAUAUGCUGAUAAAUAUAUAUAGAUAUAUAUAUAUAUAUUUCGAAUGGUUGAUCAGA